AAGAACAGAGCUGCCGACUGUCAGCUGUCACAUUUCGUAAAUCCUAAAUCCUAACCUAUUCCUUUUUAGCAAAAAGAAACUAGGUACCUAAUUCUCUAUCAACAUAGAAACUUAGAAUGAAUGAAUGCUAAUUUAACAGUAAUAUUGUAAAUAAUAACUUUAUCAUGUUGGCUCAGUCGUUGCGUGUCUCUCUUGGUCUCUUACGGCCGGAGAUUUCGCAACUGGUGCUUGUCGCUGGUAUAAAAUACUUUCCACCACCAAAAAAUUAUGACCAUAUUGAAAUACCGGAGCGUCAAAGGCUCCGUAUUUACGACAAGGUGCCCACAUAUCCCGCCAAUUUGAAGCCUCCGAAGAUGCAAAAGCGUCUUCGUUACAUGCGUGGUCCAGAGACAGUGCACACCAACCUACAGCUGCAGCAAUAUGGUGUUGUUGCUACUGGAGGUGGUAGAAUGCGUUCAGAGCACUUUGAAAUGGCCCGUCUGGUUGUUGCACGAAAGCUAGACCAGAAGAGAAUGUUUGCUAUCUGGCGAGUAGACCCACCCUGGCAGCCUGUCACCAAAAAGGGUCAGGGACAGCGAAUGGGUGGAGGUAAAGGUGCCAUUGAUCACUAUGUCACUCCCAUAAAAGCAGGCAGAAUUAUCCUUGAAGUUGGAGGCAAAUGUGAUUAUGCUGAGGUAUUCCCAAUGCUAAAAAUUGUCGCUGAGAGAUUGCCAUUCAAAGCAGAACCUAUAUCUUUGGAGAUCAUGCAGAAGAAAGCAGAGAGGGAGAAAUGGUUAGAAGAAAACAACGAAAACUAUUACACAAUGAAGUAUAUUAUACAGAACAAUAUGGGAGGAUGUCACAGGAUGUUGUCGCCGUUCGACCAUCGCUGGUACGGCAAAUAUUUGUAAAUAAUCUUAUUUUAAGUAGUUUUAGUGAAUAUAUAUGUUUAUGUAAAAGUUAUUA